AUGCUGUCAAAGACGCGCUGGUUUGUUCAGCAUGCUCUGGACAAGCAGGACUGGGUGGAAGCGGCCUCAACUAAGCUUGCUGGUUUUUUCAAGACGCCCCUCCUUGGCUAUCCACGUCCACCGGAUGCUAAUCCCAAGCUUGAUGAGGUAACGCGGUUCGUUCGAGACAGUCAGGCUGCUGACGAGGAACGACUGUCCGCCGUUGACUACAUCCUGGGUUUACUCUCGCCUCGGCUCCCCACUGGUCUCGUUGCUUUUAAUUUCAAUCCAAUAUUGGCACCCCUUCCUUCGGCUCUCGUUCAUCACCUCUACCCAAUACUGGUCACUUGGCUGGGAGUCAAAUUAAUUCUAAAAGAUGAGUCAUGUGGAAGCGAUGCCAACCUCGUCAUCUGUUUUGAUUACCCGGUCCCGCGUUCAAGCGUGGCGUCUUAA